AUGCCGAAGGACGUUCAGCAGAAGAGCGGCCUCGCCGUUGGCCUCAACUCCGGCCAUAAAGUCACUCCCCGUACACCGAAGCCGCGUGUAUCGCGUAUGAAAGGUCACCUCUCGAAGCGCACCGCCUUCGUCCGCGAGAUCGUCCGAGAAGUUGCUGGCCUCGCCCCCUACGAGCGACGAGUCAUCGAACUCCUCCGCAACAGCAAGGACAAGCGCGCCCGCAAGCUGGCCAAGAAGAGACUCGGCACCUACGGCCGCGCGAAGAGGAAGGUCGACGAGAUGACCAAGAUCAUCACCGAGUCGAGACGCGCGGGCCACUAA